ACUGACGGUUGCUCUUGUUUUUUGUUUUUUCCAACUGAAGUACUUAGAAAAUGUUUCACUAUUAUCAUGACCAACGGUUGCUCUUCUUCUAAUUAAGUUUUAAGUUUUUCGAUCUCAUACAAUAUCCUUCUCUCUUCUAUCCAUCUUACUUCGAAGGAAGAAAAUCAUGCAAAGUUACCAUCAAAUCAAUCAUCUGUUUCUCACGUUCCGUGAAUAGCCUGGACCUUGAGGAAUAUCCAGAAAGGCAUUUCAAGAUUCGGCCUGAUUCUAUCUCAUUUUGUUCCGUUCGAAAAAAAGAAGGAUCCCAAAGAAUCCAUCUUUCUUGCUACUUGAUUCCAAAUAACAGCCAUUCUAGGUAAUAAUGGCGGGGGCCAACUUUCAAGAAACGAGCAAAGAAGGAUUGCUGUCCAAAAAUUCAGAGUAUGGAUUGGAUGCUUCAUUUUACAUCGAACAUGAAGGAUUUUGGCGUCGUUUACGCAGUCGGAUUAAUGAAUUAUCAUGUAACGUUAAACAAGGUUCAAUCAAGGCAAUUGAGAUGGGUCGUAAGGAUCCUCGAAAAGUCAUUUUCGCUGCUAAAAUGGGUUCAACUCUUUCCCUUGUUUCGGUUCUCAUUUUCUUUAAAGAACCCUUAUCUUAUAUUGGUACAUAUUCCAUUUGGGCCAUCCUCACCGUUGUCGUGGUGUUUGAGUUCAGCAUAGGUGCGACACUUAACAAAGGAUUCAACAGGGCUUUGGGGACAUUAUCUGCUGCAGGACUAGCUCUGGGCAUUGCUGAACUAUCUGUUAUGGCUGGAAAAUAUCAGGAGGUUGUGAUAGUGAUCAGCAUUUUUAUUGCAGGAUUUCUUGCAACUUAUUUGAAAUUGUAUCCUGCAAUGAAGCAAUAUGAAUAUGGAUUUCGGGUGUUCUUGUUGACAUAUUGCAUUGUGCUGGUAUCGGGAACUUCACAUUUUUUUCAUGCAGCUGUUUCCCGAUUGUUGCUAAUUGGGGUUGGUGCUGGUGUCUGUAUGCUUAUAAACGUCGGCCUAUUCCCCAUUUGGGCUGGUGAAGAUUUGCACAAAUUGGUUGUUAAGAAUUUUAAGGGUGUUGCUACUUCUUUGGAAGGUUGUGUCAAUGGGUAUUUGCAAUGUCUUGAAUAUGAUAGGAUACCAUCGAAAAUUCUUCUUUACCAGGCCUCUGAUGAUCCUGUGUAUAGCGGAUACAGGGCUGCUAUGGAGUCCACAAGCCAAGAGGAUUCUCUGCUAGGUUUUGCUGUAUGGGAACCCCCUCAUGGCCGAUACAAGAUGUUCAAUUAUCCGUGGGCUGAAUAUGUUAAAGUCAGUGGUGCAUUGAGGCAUUGCGCAUUCAUGGUCAUGGCUAUGCAUAGCUGUAUUCUUUCAGAAAUACAGGCAGCAUCUGAUUUGAGGCAGGUCUUUUGCAAGGAGAUCCAGAGAGUUGGGAUUGAAGGAGCUAAAGUGAUACGGCGUCUUGGAAACAAAGUAGAAAAGAUGGAGAAACUUAGCCCUGGGGACCUUCUUGAUGAAGUUCAUGAGGCUGCUGAAGAUCUACAACUUUUGAUUGACCAAAAAUCUUAUCUUUUGGUUCGCGUGGAGAACUGGGAAAGUGCAAAACAAACUAAGCAGUUUGAAGAUCCUGAACAUCUUCAGGAACUGAAGGACAACGAACCCAAACGCAUGGCAAUAAGCUCCCUCAGUGAAGCAAAUCUGAAUCUAAGGUCUGCUCACACAUUGAAACAUCUGGGUACUCAUAAUCCAAAUCUAAGUAUGAAUAUUUCUGCUGCACAAUUGUGUUCCUCUGGUAAUGUGUUCAAUCAGAUGGCGUGGCCUUCACGGCUUUCAAUUCUUGGAGAUGUGAUUAUAAAUGAACGUGAAGUGCGUACAUUUGAAAGUGCAUGUACAUUGUCCUUGGCAACUUUUACUUCCUUGUUAAUUGAGUUCGUCGCGAGACUUCAAAAUCUUGUAAAUGCAUUUGAAGUGCUUAGUGAGAAGGCAAAAUUUAAGGAACCCGUAGAUGCAGCUGGUGCAGAUGAGGCGGCUAAUUUCUAGAGCUGGUUGCCUAACUGCUCAUUCUUCAAGGAUUAAUUCAAUUUUUGUGCUAAUGCUCAUCAUGAAGAUGUUAUCAGGCAGCACCUCACUUACUUAAGUAUAUACUCGGUAUGAAAACUAUUCUUGGAAGCUGAAGGUAUGUUUUACUUAGGA